CUUGUCUAUUUUUGGCAGGGUACGGAGCUGCUUCUGGCUCCCGCGAGAAAACUAUAUCUCAACGCUGCUAGGAAAACUGGAAACAGUUUUUCCAAAGUCUCCAACACAGAGUAGGUUCAUCCGUAAGCGAAUUGCACUGGACAGAUAAGGCGAAAGCCCUCGGCAGUUGCUCUUCAAUUUCAAUCAGCAUUCGAAAACGUUUUCGGCUCCUGGUCGUGCGCUCUUGUCUCGACCGUCUAUAUAAGUAUAGGCGAUAGAAGAGGCUCACUGAUAGAUCGUCAACGUCCCAGGUCCAGUCAGUGCAGUUCAUAAGGUCCAACAGUUUCUAUCAACGUUCCACCAACACAUUCUAAAUCGAUCGUAGAGCAUCUCGAGCUGAUUCUCAGCGGAACGGAACAAAAUGCCCGACACGGAGAUCAUUGUGACCAACGCCGGCGAGCCCUCAACCAAGGCCAGCUUGAUCGUUGUCUCGAAUCGCCUCCCCUUUGUGCUGGUUCGUAAUGCCAAAACUCAGGAGCUGGAACGUAGGGCCAGUGCCGGUGGCCUCGUCACUGCCGUCUGUCCCGUGGUUAUCAAAGGCAAGGGUCUCUGGGUGGGCUGGUCCGGCAUCCAUCUUGAGGACCCCAACGAGGCUAUACCCGAGUCGAAUCCGAACGAUCAGACCCCCACCGCCGGCCUCAAGUCUGACCAAGUCGUCUCGGUGAACAUCGACGCGAAGAUUUUCGACAGCUACUACAAUGGAUGCUGCAACAAGAUGUUCUGGCCGCUGUUCCACUCGAUGCCCGGGCGGGCGAACUUCGGAGGGGUGCACUGGGCUGACUAUGUGACGGUGAACAAGCACUUUGCAGUGCGCACCAUCGAGGCCCUGGAGAAGUGCCUGGCCAAUAAUCGGGGCAGCGAGAAGAGUCCGCCGAUUGUGUGGAUCCACGACUACCACCUGAUGCUAGCCGCCAACUGGGUGCGCGAGCAUGCCGAGGAGAAGAACCUGCCUUGUCGUCUGGCCUUCUUCCUGCACAUCCCGUUCCCACCAUGGGACAUCUUCCGCCUACUGCCCUGGUCCGAUGAAAUCCUACAGGGUAUGCUCGGCUGCGAUUUGGUCGGGUUCCACAUACAGGACUACUGUCUAAACUUUGUGGACUGCUGUCAGCGGAGUCUGGGUUGUCGCGUCGACCGGAAUAACCUGCUGGUGGAGCACGGCGGGCGCACAGUACGCAUCCGACCACUGCCCAUUGGAAUUCCGUACGAGCGGUUCGUGAACUUGGCGCAGAACGCACCCAAGGUGCUGAAGACCUCGAAGCAACAGAUCAUCCUGGGUGUGGAUCGACUGGAUUACACCAAAGGCCUGGUGCAUCGUUUGAUGGCUUUUGAGGCGCUGCUCCUGAAGUAUCCGCAACACAAGGAGAAGGUGAGCCUGCUCCAGAUCUCGGUUCCCUCGCGCACAGACGUCAAGGAGUAUCGCGAGCUGAAGGAGGAGGUCGAUCAGCUGGUCGGCCGCAUCAACGGUCGCUUCACCACUGCCAACUGGGCACCCAUCCGCUACAUCUACGACUAUGUGAGCCAGGACGAGCUAGCCGCCCUCUAUCGGGAUGCGGCCGUGUGCCUGGUGACACCUCUACGUGAUGGCAUGAAUCUGGUGGCCAAAGAGUUCGUUGCCUGCCAGAUCAAUGAUAUUCCAGGAGUCCUCGUAAUUUCGCCCUUCGCCGGUGCAGGGGAGAUGAUGCACGAGGCACUGCUCUGCAAUCCGUACGAGGUAAACGAGGCCGCCGAGGUCAUCCAUCGUGCCCUCACCAUGCCAGACGACGAGCGCGCCCUGCGCAUGGCACGUCUGAGACGUCGCGAGGCGGAGUGUGAUGUCAGCCACUGGAUGCGUUGCUUCCUCAAGGCCGUAGGCGCUUUGGAGAUGGAUGAUGUGGGAACCACCACCAUGCAGCCUGUCUCUGUGGAUGACUUCGACGACUACUUAUUGAAAUACAUCGGGUACAAUCACAAGCUAGCACUGCUGCUGGACUACGACGGCACCUUGGCACCGAUUGCUCCGCAUCCGGAUCUAGCCACGCUUUCGCCAGAGAUCAAGAAUGUCCUUUACAAGCUGUCCAACCACUCCGACGUCUAUGUGGCCGUCAUCUCAGGCCGCAAUGUGGACAAUGUAAAGAAAAUGGUCGGCAUCGAAGGCAUCACAUAUGCCGGCAACCAUGGUCUCGAAAUUCUCCAUCCAGACGGCAGCAAGUUUGUCCAUCCCAUGCCCAUGGAGUAUGAGAAGAAGGUCAGUGAUCUUCUGAAGGCUCUCCAGGAUUCGGUGUGCAAGGACGGCGCCUGGGUGGAGAACAAGGGGGCACUGCUCACAUUCCACUACCGGGAGACGCCCAAUCAUUUGCGCGGGGACAUGGUGGAUAAGGCGCGCUCUCUCAUGGAGAAGUACGGCUUUCGGGCAACGGAGGCGCAUUGUGCCCUGGAGGCUCGUCCUCCAGUUCAGUGGAACAAGGGUCGCGCCUCCAUUUACAUUCUGCGCACAUCCUUCGGUGUGGACUGGAACGAGCGUAUUAAGAUUAUCUAUGUGGGUGAUGAUCUUACCGAUGAGGAUGCCAUGGUGGCACUCAAAGGAAUGGCGAGAACUUUCCGAAUAACCUCGUCGGACAUAGUCAAGACCGCAGCCGAUCAUCGCCUGCCCUCGACGGAUUCCGUGUACACGCUCCUCAAAUGGGUGGAGCGACACUUUAUGGGUCGGAAGGCGCGGGCCAAUUCGUUAACCUACAGGCCGACCAAGGGCGAUGGCGUGCAGAUGCAGAUGUCGCUGGAGGUGGCUUCGACGGCGAACAAUCUGGACGUGUAGUCUCAUAUAUACUCGUGCAUACUCGGAUAUACAUAUGUGUGCCCUCAUAGCUCUGAUAACUUGUAAGAUUUUAAGAAUAAACAAACAAAAAUUGUAGCUUAAACAAAUUUA